GAGAUCGCGAAUCGCUUGCCUCUCGAAAGUAGACUUGCUUGUAGUCCAUUUAUUAAGGAAUUCGCCGGUCCAUUUCCUGUAAUGAAAUAAUUCCUAUUUGGCUGUAUGUUACAGCGGCCAGCUUGCUUGAGCUUCAGCUUUUCACACAUCAGCUCGUGAAAGCUCUUAUAAUUUCCGCGUGUUGUUUCAAUGAGAUUUCUUUAUAGCUGUUUGUGUAUUAAACACAGGUUUUAUCUAGAUGUCUGGGCGGGCAGCAGAGCAGGCAAACCGACCAACAGCUGAGGAGAAUGACAACGCAAGAGCAUCGACCUUGAAAAGAGAGCUUCGUGAUAGGAAAGGGGGUACUGCAAGAUCGCCUAAGACAUUAUCAACUGCUGUUAAAAGGUAGACCCUGGGAGAUUGCUUUUUUUACUUCAACGAUCAAUAUUCAAUUUACCUCUUACAUGAAAAGACCUUUUACUAACCAUACGCGUUCUCUCAGGGCAUGGCGUUGUCUAGUUUCUUAGUUCGUUGUAGCGUGAAGUGAAUGUAACACAAAGUCCUUGUUCACUUGAUGCGUCGGUUGAUCGUUAAUUUGCAUGUUAACUUUGUGAAGCUCGCUCGCGCUAGAAAUUUGUCCGAUUGCGUUCAGAAAUAGCUUGGUAUUUAGUAAAUGUCUCAAAGAAUCGCCUGAUUUGAUCAGAUUGGGAAAAACUGAGCGAAUUUCGCGAAAACGAGCGCGAGUUUGGUAUCGCGGCAGAGGGUUAUUUGUGAUCUCCGAUAUUGACGUAAGUCUUUAUCUUUGUUUGCCUUCCACAGUUGGGAAUUGGGACUAUCAGCUUUGCUAAAAGGAGGCAAUGACAGAUUGGUUUUUUCUUACUAAAUUGGUUUAUUUUAUAUUUUCAGAAUUCAAAGGGAAUUAGCAGAAAUCACACUGGAACCGCCACCGAAUUGCAGGUAAUUCAGGCCUUCACAAGACGCUCACCCUUCAAAGCUCUUGUUUGGAAAACAAUGGUUGCGGUUUUUGUUUCGUAUUGUGAAUGAAACAUGAUGAAAAAGUUUUAUCACGACUACGGCGAACUGUCUGUUCCUCUUUUCAGUGGCAAAAAAAAAAAACCACAUCGAAACAACAAAAUUUCUUCCAAAGUUUGACGAAAGCGGCUUGAGUCAAUUAUUGUGGACUGAUAAGAUGAUAUUAAGGCGUUGUGAGGUAUUUUAAAGUGUACGAAGGCUUUGUUACCGAAGCCAAAACUAAUUAUGCGUCGGAGCUCAUUGUAUAUUUUUAGAAUGUCGUUGCCCCGCUGCUAUUUUUGUCUUGAGCUUGGUAAACACACAAGUUUUAGAACACAUCAAAUGCCUUGUGAGGUUGAUACCGGUCCACAUCUUUCAACCUGAGUCACCGCUUCGAAAACGGAAGAUUUUGAGAUCUGGAUGUGUUCAUAAUUUAUGCAAAGAGGUUUUGGACACCUGCCUCAUAUCAUAGUAAAUGUUGGCGGGAUGAGGUUUACAUAACAACUGUGACUUGUCAUCUGCGUUGCAUGAAUUCGUACACUCUCCAUACUUCAUUGCAAAAGGUUAUUGUCAACCGGAACUUAAAAAUUUUAUCCCUGAAAUUAACUAAGUCCAAGAUGUUCCUGAAACCUCGAAGGCGUAUUUAAUUCGUCUCUCUCAAACUAGUAAACAUUCAUAUUUUCAAAAGCGCUUUCUCGUAGAUUUAAUGUUUGGAAAUUGUCGCAAAAAAUUAUCUUGAAUGGAUGAUUGUCCCAAAAAUUUCCACUCCAGUGAUUAGAGCUAAUUGUUGAACUAACAAAACUCACAUCACCGAAAUUCUGUCUUUAUAGCGUAUUUAAAUCAAUUCUGCUCAAUCGAUCACCCAAUUAAGAUGAUGAACGAAUUGCAUGCAGACGAAUGAGGUUUUCACAUAUCCGUAUCCAAAUGUUUUUGAUUCGCUAAAUGACACAAAGCUUCGCUUACAUGCUCCCCGAUAGAUUUAUGGUUGUCCUCACCGAUUUCAGUUUCUCGAAUAUAAUCGCUCUGGGCACACGCUUAAAGUCACGAACAUUUGCUGCUGGUAGUUUUCCAAGAAAUCACGAAAAAUCAUACAGAGUUACAACAAAUCUCUUAUCUUGCCCUCAUCGUUGUUACUGUUUUUCGAUGGCGAGUUUUCCUUCGUCGGCUUACGGUUGGAAUAAUUGCAUCUGUUUCCCUCACAUGGAAUUUCGUGGAUUGCUUUGAGAAGAGAAAUCUCUAUGCAACUCAAGCGAAUUGAAAUUUAGCCAUGCGGUAUAGACGGAAAACUGACGGAGACAUUCUUCAAUUGAUUGACACUUCGACUUAUCAGUGACCUCUAAGGUUAUCAAAGUGAUUGUUAGCAAGAACAAUCCUUUUAUAGAACCAGUUAUCGCUGCUAGAUAAAAUGACUUUUUAGAUUUUUCAUUUCAUACAAAAGUAAGAGAAAUCCUAUCUUUACUUUUCUCCACGGUUUUGUUCCAAACGCUGAGACUUUUCGGUGACUAAAUGCCCGGCAUAAAUUAUGGACUGAAUGCCCGGCGGUCAGAAUACACUCACGAAUGUAAAUUCUGUUCAAUUUACAGUUCGAUCGUUGUCGGUUCAUAGACUUUUAUGUCUAUAACAGACAUUAAAUCUCAAGUAUCCUCCAAGCGGGAAACCUCUUAGGAACUUGGAUUGGCUGUUGCUUGGUGUAAAAUGCAUUAAUGUAAGAACGCGAAUCUCUUAAUUCAUCGAAUUUCGAGUAUCUUUAGCUAAAAGCACAGCGGUAGGAAACUCUAACACAGAUUGACGUGAAUUAUAAUACAUACAUUUUCGCGUGGUUUACAUCUGGGUCAACUGUUUUGUCUCUCCAGAAUUUCCAUGUGUUUUCUAUCUCGCAAGACGUUUGAAAAUAACUUUGGUAAACAAUUCUUCUUUAAACAUGGCCGCGCCGUUAAGACAUUUUUUAGCCUAUGACUAAAUAAGGAAAAAUCGAAAUUUUCGUGUAUUGAUAAUAAUAAAUAAAAUCAUUGUUUUGUCGGCAAGAAAGAGAUAUUCAGUUAUUUUUUUGCGAGGUCAUUUUGUCUGCUAUCCGCACUGUCAGGGGGAUUUCAACACUUCUCAAUUAUGUUGACAGCUGAGAAUUGCAUGUUUCGUUCGUAACGCGAUAUCUUUUAUGCCUUUCGUUACAGCGCUGGUCCUAAAGGUGACAACCUGUAUGAAUGGAACUCAACAAUUCUGGGUCCACCAAAGUCCGUCUACGAAGGAGGAGUAUUUUUCCUGGAUAUUCAUUUUCCAACAGAUUAUCCUUUUAAACCACCCAAGGUAUGAAUGAAAAUAUUAUCUCAAUAUAUGAAGUGGGUUCUUCAAAAUUCAUCGCGUGUCGGUCUUUUAUCUUUUUCCAAGAGAGGAAAUCGUCAUACUUAAAUAUUGGCAUCUAGUGCUAUUUUCAACUCCAAGUAUCUUUGGUUGACGUAAUUAAUGCCUGCUAUUAAAUUGCAUUCUCGAGCUUGUUUCAUCAGACGAUUUGUACAUUUUUUGUAACUUUGUAGCCAGGAAAUUUUUCACUGUACCGGUUCAUUAUUUUAAGAAUUUCUCGAAAUUUUAACAAUAUUCCUUACAAUGUCAAUCUUUAUUAUAUGCCAAAUAAAUGAAGGGGGUAAGUUUCUAAAGAAACUGUAGUGCUGCGUCGGUGGGAGAGUAUAACAGGGUAAUUUAGUAUUAUCAACAGAGUUGAUAACAUAAAUUGGCCACCGCGCCGUAAAGAGUUUUGAUGCUAAUGUUUCGUGCGUUAGCUCUUCGUCAGAGCGGUAGAUGAAGGGCUACCGCUCGAAACGUCAGCUUUUAAACUCUUAAGAGUGGCCAAUUUACGUUAUCAAGUCAGUUGAUAAUACUAAUAAUCCUGUUUAUCAUAUGUCAACCUAACGUGAGAAACCUAGUGUUCUGAAAAUAACUUUUUUCGUAUUCUGCAUUCUUAAGUUAUCCGGUUAUUUUGUAGGAAACGAGUCAACUUCACCAGACAUAUUUAGACCGUCCGGGGUUCAUAAAAUGGUGUCAAAUAGUUGAUAAUCGGUAACAAUUUUGGCGCUAUAGAAGUUUAUAGCGUUUUACAGUUUAUAAAGAGUUUAUCAUAGGUCAAAAUCAUGAUUACUUGUGCAAUGUAAACUUUUUAAUUUUUCUCCGAAGGUCACUUUCCGAACAAGAAUUUAUCAUUGUAAUGUCAAUAGCCAGGUGAGGUUUUUUUUUUAAAUUUGAAUUUUUGCUUUUGGAGAGACAAUAGGAUCAACUUGCUAACGAAUUUUUGAAUAGGUUCAAUUUAUUAAUUGUAACAAUAUACCUGAAAAAAAUUACACGCGUCUGAUUGGCUGGAAAAGAGUGCUUCUCGUGUAUACAAAUAACACGCGCGCGCUGCCAAAAUUUACGUCUGUCUUCACUUUCUGUGAUUUUUUUAUCUAAAAGUAACAAGUAACAAAAUGAUUUCUCGUGCAAUUUGGUGUUCUAAGCUUUAUUAAAUUUUUUAAAGACUACAAAUUGCACUCGCCCUGCGGACUCAUGCAAUGUUAUUGUCUGAAAAAUUUACUCGUGCUUAUUAACACCAAACUGCGCACGAAAUUAAGUUAUAACCUAUACUUAACGAACUAGAACUUUGUUACUGCCCUCCCUUGGAAAGAAAAACUCGGAAAUUUAUGUUAGUAUACAAACUAGAAUGUGAUCUGACUUCCUGCUAAAAAUUGAUGGUGACGAAGCUGGUAAUGUCUCAGUUAAGUUCAACGUUUUUACAUUUUUAACUGCUUAAUGCGGCAUAUGAUAAUAUUUAUUGUGAUUUUUAAAGUCACGGUACAGAAAACACGAAGGAGAAAUUGAGCUUUUUUAAUCCUGUUAGAAUGAUGGCAAUUUAUCGUGAAGUUUUCGCUGGAUAGUCAAACGCGGGAAAAAUUUAUGAGCAGCUUUUUUUUUAGGGUUUGAUAGAGUGUGAUAUUUCGCCAAGGAUACGAAAGUGAAAUAUUGCAAUAGUUUGUAAUAAGGAUAUCCAAGCUAAAUAUAUGCACAGGCUUGGUAAACAGACUCUGUCGAGUGUCAAAAGGUUUGUGUUUAUUUUCCUGUAUUACAGUUUUUCAUUUGUUUUUUUUCUCGAAUGCCUGGGUUUUAAUUGGAAAUAUCCAACCAUUCCUGAUCAAAAAAGGAGACAUUAGAAGACAUUGUAACAGAGGACAGAGAAUAAAAUCCUUUUUUUCGCUCCUGAAGAAGAAAAUAAAAGCAAAGAAUGAGAAAACGUGAUAUUAUGCUAAUCAGUUUGCCAUAUGCAAACACUGUUGACGUCAAUGCCAUCCGAAGUGACUUGGUUAUUUACUUUAAAAAGAAGAUGUCAGAAUCGAGACAACGUACAUACAGCUUUUGUUUUUCUUUUAUUGUCUGUAUGUUUAUCGUCAAAUGUCCGGCAAAGUUAUGAUUCAACGUUGAGUUGACGGGACAACGACAUCUGUUUAGGUUAAGAAAGGACGAAACUAAGAACUAAUUUAUUAGCGAGCGCCAUCAUUCUAGUAUCGAAGAUAUUGUGGUAAGGUCUGAUGAGGACAUCAACGGUGACUCUUGUAAAUAAAGCCGGGUAGUGGCUACAUCUGGAUUUAUAAAAAGAUCAGACAUAACGCACUCUCUCAUUGGUCCAUAUGUGUGAAGAGUGUUUGCAAACAAGCCUGGGACAUUUAAGUUUGGCGAGCAAUUUUUAGAUGUAUUUUACGUGGGCGAAAGAACAUUUUCUUCUGUGUUUACAAUAGCCUCAUCUGAACAAUCAAGGGUCGGAGAAUUCUCGAGACCUUUGCCUGCGUCUCGGGUUUGCAGAACUCUUUUCUUGAAAACUUUUAGAUUUUUUUGCUCUCAAUUUCUAUGCGAUAGAAAUCUCGAACUCGUCCGCUGAUGGAUGAGUAUUUCCAUUAAGUCUGAGUUAUUUUCUUUCCUGUGUGUGAACCUAGGUCAAAUUUCAACGAAAAAAUUACAUCCGUUGUGACUCAGAACAGCGCAACUAUUGUUUGUUUUUUUAUUUUUACCUGUCUCAUUUUGUAGUUAAUUCUUUUAUGGUCUCUGAGUUAUUAACUUCAGUUGAACUCUUUUAACUUCUAAGAGUGACUAGCAUCUAAUUUCUCAUUACAAUAUCACCCUUGAAUCAAACAUUAGGGUCACGAGAAUAAAGGAAAUGAUCACCAACUGAAGAACCCCUUGAUUGUUAAACAAAUUCUCCUUAUCAGCACCCUAUUAAAUGUAUAGAGAAUUGUAUGGAGAAUAUUCAUGCUGAUGCUAGUAUAGAGUAUAAUGGGUUAACACGAUAAUUUGUUUGUGUUCUAGGGAGUGAUUUGUCUGGAUAUUUUAAAAGAUAACUGGAGCCCAGCUCUGACUAUUUCCAAAGUUCUUCUCUCCGUCUGUUCACUUCUGACAGAUUGCAAUCCAGGUAUUUCAGCUUUUAAAUUCCUUGAAUGUUUAACAUGUCAAAUCGCCCGACAGUAUUUACACAUUAUCCAUCAAACUUGUGAUAAGAAUGUAGACAGUUAUCAUUCAGAGGAUGUCAUAUUGAUAUAACACACAACCUCUUCCAGUUGUUCAAAUAGUAAAACGGAAGACAUAAACGGGGCUAGAUAAGCGGCCGAGGGAAGCUUGGGUCGGGUCGCGUUCAUUACCCGACCUGACCCGACUUAAUCCUCUCCUUUUUUCGCUCCGCCAAUGCUGUCGCGCCCUGAACUAACGCGCUCCGUUUUACAAACCGAACACCUGGAUCAGGUGAUGCAACACAAAAUUCUCUCAACUAUUUUAGUCUGAAGGAAAUGUUAAGGAGCUAAAUAACUGAUUGGCCCAUUUUGUCUUGUUCAUAUUGGCUGCCAGACUUGGGUAACGUCGGUAGAAUUUGGUCGUUCUUUGUUGGCUAUGUUAAGUGUCGAGUGAAAUUACGACUUAUCGACAUGACAUGAGAAAAACGGCGUAGGAAGGUCAUUAGGCGGUUAUGUUUUUGGUGUGAACGCGGGGACAUAACGAUUUAAUGAAAAUGCGAUGAUAUGGACACAGUGUUUGAGCGCGGAGAUUGAAGGUUUCUGGCUCAAUUCUUUCUAGGGACGCAGAACUCUUUCUUUGUUCUUCUCACGCGCCAAGACGAAAAAUAUUUUUCUUUAUCUCAUUACCUUCUCUUUUUUUCUAACUAUCAUGUUAUCAGCGGAUCCAUUAGUGGGAAACAUAGCGGCUCAAUACAUUUCUAACCGCGAGGAACACGACAGAACGGCGAGGGAAUGGACCCGACGAUACGCCACAUGAACUUGCUAACAGAAGAACAUAUUAUAUCGCUUUCAACUUUGUAAAUAACUCACAUUUGAGAUUUCUGAGUAACUAGAGGAGGCCUGGGAAAGAAAUAGAAGAUCGCGUGGGAGCUGGAGAUGAAAGAAUUUAUCCCCGUUUGUUUCCAGGUUCCACGCGAGAUUUAAUUUUCUCGCGAUGUUAUUUCUGUAUCGAGGUGAAAAUAUUUAAGACAUCUUUUAAAGUUUCUGAUAAAUUAUUUUGUCAUGAGUCAUUUUUACACGACUUAGUUUUCCUUGACUUAUCGCUCAUGCAAAAUGCGACGUAACCAGGGAAUGUCAUGUAGUUGUUGUAAUUAAGGUCUGAUCGACGGAAUUUGAGAGAUUUCUCACAUUUGGAUCGGUCAUAAGAGACACUUUUUUCUCAACAAUUCCUCUUAAGACGUCACCUUUCGGUCUCGAGGGCAAUUGACUGUUAACAAACCUUAACUAGCUUUUUCAAUGAGCACAAACAAAGAAGAAACGGAACUGUAUUCAGAGAAACUUCUUGAAAAACUUGGUCGUGUAGAAUCGUCUCGACAAUAAUCGUUGGUUUAUACGAGACAAAGUAUUUUGCACAGACGUUUUUGACACCAGAACGGCGACCGGAAGUAAAAUGCGACUGUUUCUGGUGCGCCUUGGCAUUCAGCCAUCGUCCAGGCAUUUUUUCUGAAUGCUGCAUUGUAAAAAGAAGAGAGAUCCUCUGAUAGCAGACUGCAUUUGAAACACGUCUCUGCUUUAUCUUCCUUUUAAUUCAAUGAAACAACGUGUACACUUUCGUUGCUGUUGUUAUACAUAUGCAUUCAGUUGGAAUGCAACAUUAUUUAAUUUAAAUUUAUCCCAGUUAAAUUGCGCAAGGUGAGAUCGGUGGAAUUUUACUGUAAGUUAACACUGGCUCUGUCCGAGUGGUUUAAAAAUAGUUAUUGACUGAAAUUACCGCUUUAAAGUUUGCUAAUUGUUAAUAUUGCGAAAUCUUAAUUGCUAGCUCGGUUGGAAAUAAAAACAAAUAGUAAUUGCGGUUUACUUGUCCCAUUGCUUAGCGGGCUACAAUUGUAGAACAAUUGUACAAUUGUAUUGUCU